CACCUGGCUGUGUGACGGAGUGGUGGACUGUGGAGACAAGAGGGACGAAGCCAACUGCAGUGAGUUGUUGCAGCGUUGCAGUGGCGGCUCCUUCCACUGUGACCAUGUGCGCUGCAUCCCGCCCUCCUGGCUGUGCGAUGGGGAGGUGGACUGUAGAGACCGCACCGACGAAAGGAACUGCUAUCACAUGGGGGUGGGGAUUGAGCGGCCGUGUCCAAUGAACUCCCUCCGUUGUGAUGACGGGCAGUGUAUCCCCUCCUCCGGAUUCUGCAACGGACGCAGUGAGUGUGUCGACGGGAGCGACGAGAGAAACUGCAGCAGCCAGAGGAGGACCAAUAGCGAGCUAAGCUGCCCUCUGAUGUCAUUUCGCUGCGCCUCCGGCCAGUGUGUCGCCAUGGUUACUGUUUGUGACGGUCACAGAGACUGUGACGACAACAGCGACGAGAACGCCUGCUCCAGCUCCGAGAGAGACCCGCCCCCAACCACCUGCUCAGCCAAUCACUUCCGCUGUGACGAUGGCCGCUGCAUUCUAUUGGCUAGAGUUUGUGACGGACAGCUGGACUGUCAAGACCAAAGUGAUGAAGCCAACUGUAGCACUACUGCUAUCAGGACCCCUACUGGAACCAUCACAGAGAGACCUGUUACGAGAAGCACCUCUGGGGACAAUCGUACCACUGCAGAGAAGACUGGAACCACUCAGGAGAGCACCAGAACUACUUCAGAGAACACUCUAACCACUUCUGAGACUACUCCAGGAACUAUUGCGGAAGAGGCCAUUACAGGAACCUUUAAUGAGCGGACUAUUGCAGGAACUAUUACUGAAGGAACUAUUACAGACACUGUCAAUGAGGGAACCCUUGGGCAAACUAUUUCUGAAGGGACUGUUACUGGAACCAUUCCUGAGGACUCCAAUACAGAAAUCACAGACAAUAUCACAGAGAUAUCGGAAAGAACUGUUACAGGUACCAUUGCAACCAAUGGAGGCAGCAUCUUAGAAGAAACUGUGACAGGAAUUAUACCUGAAAGAACCAUCACAGUAACAAUACCCGAGGGGACUAAUAUGGGGACUAAUUCUGAGGUGAAUAACACAGAAACUACAAAUGACAGGACCCCUGGAUCCUUUUCUGAAAGGACUAUACCUGGAACUACUUCUGAGGUGUCCAAUACAGAAGAUAAUAGUGAGGGGACAGUCACAGGAACCACAGAUGAAGGAACAAUUACAAGAACUAAUAUUGAAAGGGAUACUGAGGGAUCUGGUUCAGAAGACACCAAUGACAGGAUCAUCACAGGAACCACAUCUGAGGAAAGCAUUAUAGAAGUCACCAAUACUGAAACCAUCACAAGAGGUACUACUGAGGAGUCAGAGGCCACCAGUGAUGUUACCAAUACUGGAACCGUUUCUGAGGAUAUUAGCACAGGAACUAAUUCUGAAGGGACCGUUACCGAAACCGUAAUUGAGGGUACCGGUACCAGAACUAUUACUGAAGUGUCAGCUUCAGAAAACACAGAGGAGGAUACUGGUAUAGGAACCACUUACGACGAGGAUACAAGUACAGGAACUAUUACUGAAGGCUCCGGUUUAGAUAUCACUACUGAGGGUGGAACUAUUUAUGAAAACACUAUGUCAGGAACCCCUUCCGAGGGGUCUAAUACCGGAACAAUUAAUGAGGGCACACACACGGAAACCAUUGAAGGGACCAUGCCUGAAGGGACUGGAACCAUAUCUGAGGAGAGUAAUACUGGACCCUUCUCUGAGGGGCCUAUUUCAGAAAACAGUAAUGAGCGGACGUCCACAGGAACUAGUUCUGAGGGAACUCUCACAGGACUUACUUCAGAGGAUACUGUUACAGGAACCAUAUCAGAAGGAACUAAUUCUGAGGGCUUGGUUACAGGAACUAAUUCUGAGGGAAGUAUCACAGGAACCAUUUCAGAGGUAACUGUCACAGAAACUAGUUCUGAAGGAACUCCUACAGAAAGUAUUUCUGAGGACACGCUUACAGGAACCAUUUCCGAGGGUACUGUCGUCAGAUCCCCCUGCCCUCCUGAGUCUGUGGCCUGUGGCAGCAGUGGCCAGUGUGUGGCAGUGGCGGCCAUCUGUGAUGGACACACAGACUGCUCUGAUGGCAGCGACGAGACCAACUGUACUGUGUUGCCGAUGUCCUGCCACCCGGCCUCCUUCCGUUGUGGUGACGGCACCUGCAUCCCCUCUGCCUGGAUCUGCGACGGUCAGCACGACUGCAGCGACACCACUGACGAACACAACUGCACUGGCAUGGACAUGACGUGUGCGUCUGGGUAUUGGCGUUGUGGGCAUGGCCGCUGUGUGCCCUCCUCUUGGCUCUGCGAUGGCUUUCCGGAUUGUCAAGACUUCAGUGACGAGACCAACUGCACUGUGUCGCCGCCCCCUCCCCCUCUGCUCUCCACGUGUUCUGAGGGGGACUUGGUCUGUGUAGACGGCUCCUGCGCAGCAGUGUGUGAUGGGGUGGCCCAGUGCCCAGAUGCCAGCGACGAGAGGAACUGUUCCACCCCCGAGACCUCCUGUUCUCUGGCUGAGUUCCGGUGCGGUGACGGCACCUGUGUCCCCUCAGCCUCCCUCUGUAACGGGACCAGGCAGUGUCCAGAUGGCAGCGACGAACACAACUGCACUGUUGUAGUGUCUAGGUCGUGCUCUGCGUCUGAGUUCCGCUGUGCCGAUGGAGGAUGCAUCCAGCCCAUCUGGGUUUGUGACGGAGAACCGGACUGCAGAGACCACAGUGACGAGAAGAACUGUGCCCACGUGAGCUGCAGGGUGGGUGAGCAUCAGUGUGGGGCGGCCGGUCGCUGCAUCCCUCUGGCCUGGCUGUGUGACGGGGAGACAGACUGCAUGGACCACAGCGACGAGAAGAACUGCACGACAGGUGACAGUGACGCGGUGCCGACGUGUAGCCCUGCGGAGUUCCACUGUGGUGACGGCAGCUGUAUCCCGGCAAUGCUGGUCUGCAACGGCCACCGUGACUGCAAUGACGGCAGCGACGAGGACCAGCGGCAGAACUGCUAGCUGCGGCGAUGCGUCCAGAGACCCUCUCCCUCCCAACACUGCUGCUGCAGCACCGACCGACCGACCGAC